CUCUCUCUCUCUCUUGUGUUUAUUUCUUUGCAUUCUCAUUUUUUAAUUGUGAUAUGGAUGACCAUAAACCGGCUCUUGUUGAUACUAAAAUUGAGUCAAAUGUUUAUGAUGAAAUCGUGAUUGACUCUGACUCUUGUGAGGAAGAUGGUCCAACAACCACCUGUGAAAAUGGUCAAACCGCUGAUGUCAAGUGCGAGGUUAAAAAUAGAGUCUUGGAUACUUUGACUCUGUCAAGCGAUGAUGAAGAUGAUCUGAUUGUUGGUGAAACUAAACCUGUUGAAGAAAGUGAAUCAAAACCAAUUGGCCCAUCAAAAGAGGUAGUUAGCAAAGUUAUUGAUCAGAAAAUUAGUGAAAAGGAUGAUAAUUUUGACUUGCGGUGUCAAAAAAUUGAAGAUGGUUUUGAGUUGUGCACCAAAGAUUUAAACAAUAUUUCAGAUGAAUUUCGCUCUUGUGAUGAGAUUUGCAGUAAAUUUGCGCCAAAAGAGACACAUAUCACCAGUAAAGGAAUCAUAGAUGUCAAAGACGAAUCAUUAACAAUCGAUGAAACCGUUCAAAGAAUCGUCUUAAUAGAUCCUGUACAGAGAAAAAUUGCCGAAGAUUUACCAAUAGAUAAAGAAAAGUCAACAAAGGUCAACUUAGGCCACCUUACCACUGUUACAUAUUUUCCCGACAUUGAUGUUGUCCAAACCAAAACUGCAGCUGAUGUCCAAGAGAUUUACAAAUUACCAGCAGUCGGGCCAAUUGUCAGAAAACCAUUAAACGUUGGUGAUCAAGUAUUCGCUGUUGCCAAUCCAAGUAAUAUGGCCAAAAGUGGUUGGCAACCUGCAACCAUAAUCGAAACCAUAAAAAUCUAUGGUAAAAUAAAUUACAACGUAACUUAUGAGGACUCAUUUAAACCUUGUAUGCUGUUGAAAAAAGCGCAAAUAGCUUAUCGACAGACUCCUUCAGUUAUGCUUUCACUCAAAUGUCGAGUAGUGGCCGCAGUCGAUGUCAGUCAAAAAGGAUCUGCGCCGCGUUUGUUAUACUUUUCCGGUUUAAUAGCAGAAAUUGCCCGAAGAACAAAUUCAUUCCGAUACCUGAUUUUCUUUGACAAUGGAGCAGUGGCCUAUGUUCCAUGUGAUAGUGUCUUCUUAAUUGCCGAAGAGAAUUUAUCUUUUCUAGAUGAUGUUCCCGAAGAAUAUAAACCAUUUCUUCGGAAAUAUUUCAAUGAUCUUCCUGAAAGAGCUUUAGUCAAAUACUCUGUUGGAACAAGAGAUUCCGUUUACACCAACGAUAAUUGGGUUUCUGGAAAAGUAAAAAAGGUCGAUUGUAGUAUAGUUCGAUUUUUCUUUAAAUCUCUCAAUAAAUAUGAAUGGAUUUAUCGAGGAUCUCCUAGACUUAAACCACUAGCCGGUCUUUUGACAACAACAACAUCUCUUAAUAGUCAAGGUAAACCAAGAGCCCCAAGGAAAAAGACUACAAUGUUUGCUAAUGAUCGUGCUCGUCCUUUUGUUCAAUAUACUCGAGAUGAAGAGCACUCAUCAGAUGAUGAUAAAAGAUCACCAAACAAAUCAGGUGUUAUUAUACGACCUCGUCUAGAUCCAUUUGAUAAUCGAUUCCGAGCCGAGUUUGAACUUUACCCUGAACUUUUCCAACCUCCGAAACGACUCUCGUUACCCAGUUUAUUUGUUCCUCAUCGUUGCUGCUCAAAAUGUGUUAAAAGUGACCUUGAAAAUAUCUCAAAAUAUCGUGAUGUUAACCCAUAUGCAAUUCCAGUGAUUUGUGGUUGGGAUCGUCAGGUUUGCAUAAUAAGUAAUGCAAAGAUGAAACAUAAACGUGAAAUAUUUUACAUUGCACCUUGUGGCCGACGACUUCGUAACAUUGAAGAGGUCAAUAGAUUCCUCGAAUCAACCGAUUCAGGUCUUUCAAUUGAUUUAUUCACUUUCUAUCCCAAAUUAACUCUUUACUCUGAUCUAAAUGGCAAACGAACCCAAGGUUGCUACUAUUAUGAAGCUGAUGUCGCUAAAGGAACUGAAAAUCAUUCUCUCUCGUGUAUUAAUUGGGUUAACGAUGAUUCAAUUACACCAGGAUUCGAGUAUUGGCCCACACGAUUCCCUGGACGUGAUAUAAGCCUAGAAAUUGAUCCUCAUUUUUUAAUGUGCUGUGAUUGUACCGAUAAUUGUCAAGAUCGAAGCAAAUGUGAUUGUCAAAGACUAACAAGUGAAGCCUACGAAUUGGUUAGAAAUCUCAACUAUAAUGACCAAGGUGGUGAUGGUUACAAACAUCGUCGUCUCCGAAGUGUAGUUACCACUGGAAUAUGGGAAUGUAAUCCAAACUGUGCGUGUAACUCUCGAUGUGGUAAUCGAGUUGUUCAAAAUGGGAUUCGUGUUCGAUUACAAAUUUUCCGUACCGAUAAAAAAGGCUGGGGAAUCCGGUGUCUUCAUGACAUUCCCCCGGGCGCAUUUAUCUGUAUCUAUGCGGCUGAAGUACUUAAUGAAGAAUUGGCUGAUGAGUGUGGUUCCAAUUUCGGUGAUGAAUAUUUAGCUGAUUUAGAUUAUAUCGAGAACGUUGAAAGAUUCAAAGAGUGUUAUGAAGAAGCUGUUAUGGAAGAAAUUUCCUCAUCAUCGUCAAACGAAUCAGCUUCAUCGACUAGUGACCAAGAAUCUGACAAUUACCGUAGUCGAACACGCAAAGAGAAAAAGUCAACCAAUAAAAAAUCGAAAAAGGAAAAAGUUCGAAAACCAAAAAUGACCGGUAAACCAUAUCGAGAAUUAUUCGGUGAAAGUUCUGCCUACUCAUUAGAUGCCAAAAGAAAAGGAAACGUCGGCAGAUAUUUUAAUCAUUCCUGUGAUCCUAAUUGUUACGUUCAAAACGUUUUCAUUGAUUCUCAUGACCUUCGAUUCCCAUGGGUCGCCCUUUUUUCACACAAAUUUAUUCCCGCUUUCACUGAACUCAAUUGGGAUUAUAAUUAUGAAAUAAUUGAAGGCCGUAAACUUUGGUGCUACUGUGGAUCAACUAAUUGUCGUGGUCGCUUAUUAUGAAUUUCAUUUUCAAGUAUUUCAUUCAUCUAAAAUCAUAUUCAUCUUUUUUUAUUGAAAAAAAACUCUCACAAUUACCAAAUAAGUUCAUGUUUUAAAGUUG